CAAAAAUGUCGCUGACGGAGAUAUAGAUAUCAGUAGGGUAGCGGUGAGGAGAGAGUGUGCACGGGUACGAGAGGAUGCGCUGGAGCUGGUAGAUAUGAAUCCGCGUGGCUGGUUGCGCACUUGAAGCUGGCACUCUCCGAAUCCAGUAUGGAAUCAUUCCCAGCCUGCGGCAACUGGCGCGUUGGCGCAUCCCCCACAUGUGCCAAUCGAGUGGUCUGUUAGCACGCAGACCAGUAACCCAUGCGCUGUUUGGAGCAUGACCGCCGCUCUCCGAGACAGACACCAUCAGCUCAACAAAGACAUCUGCGUCCUGCGGAACCGCUUCGACCUGUUUCCCAGCCUGCAAGAUGGAGUCGUCUUCUGUACGGCGCCGAGGACCCAAGAUUGAGCCAUCGCCGGACACCAACAGGACUCAAAAGUCCCAAGCUGGCGAGAUCGAGGAAGGCACUGACCGCGCAAUAUCCCUUCUCGACGUCUUGCGGAUUAUCAUUACUCUAUUCGCUGUCUCAUGCGCCUUAUCAUACUACCUGACGUCUGGGUCCUCGUUGUUUUGGAACUACAAUCCCUGGUUCUCCCACCCUGCGCAAGUUGUUCGUUGGUGGAAGGGUCCAUUACUUUUAACGCCUGAACAGUUGGCAGAGUUCAAUGGCACCGACCCACAAAAGCCGAUAUAUCUUGCAAUCAAUGGAACAAUCUUCGACGUUAGUGCAGGAAGGCACACUUACGGUCCUGGUGGAAGUUACGAAGUGUUUGCUGGCAGGGAUGCCAGUAGAGCGUUUGUCACAGGUUGUUUUCUGGAGGAUCGAACUGGUGAUCUUAGGGGAGCCGAGGAGAUCUAUAUACCCAUCGAUGAUCCAGAAGAGGAGAUUACAAGCGGAGCAAGGAAGACGCGGGCAGAGAAAGAGCGGAGGGAUGCAAAGAAGCGCGUCUUGCAGGAAGUAAGAAAGUGGGAAGAAUUCUACAAGAACCAUCCGAAAUACUUCGAGGUCGGAAAGGUAGUCAACGUGUCCGAGUACACGGGAGAACCACCCAAGCUUUGCGAGGCUGCUCAGAAAGGGAGGCCGCAGAGGAAGAACAUGAAGAAGGCAGACAACAAAACACCCGGCAAACCAGUACAAUAAAACAAUCAUGGGAGGAGCCUCGUUGCAUAACGCAUGAGAAACAUUUUCAGGAUAGAAAAAACAAUGGCAGAGACGUGAUGUCCAUUUGUGGCCGAGAGCUCAGACAUUCUCAUUGGAGUUCGUACGCUGAGUCACAUAUCUAGAAGCGUAUCUGAAGCGGACUUGCUGUGAUAAGCGAAGAGCUUCAACAUUGUCGUGCUGAUGGCUGCUUCCAUCGGUUGUUUCUGCUCAUGUCCAUUUUGGGGGGAUCUUCUGCGCGCCCAAAGCCAUUCCCAUCCAUUCCUGCUCCGCGAAGGUAGCCAGACCGUGGUUCGUCGCCAGAGAGUUGAUUUGAAUUCAGCAGGCAAGAAGAUCGUUCGAGUUUUG